GAGCCUUUUUAUUAUAACAAUAACAAAAAUUUGAUAUGAUGUGAUUAACAAUGUGGAAGUUAAAUUUUCUUUGCUUGCUUGCUCUUUUGCUACCUAAGAUAUCCAUCCGAGAACCGCCACACCUUUUGGUAUCUUGCUGUGUGUGCUAUGCCAUGCAAUAUCCCCCCCCUCUUAGAUCCAGCACUCCCCAGUGCCCCACCCACCCAGCAACCAACAACGCCUUGUGUGUGUGUUUCCUUUGUGCCGUCGUCGUCGUCGUCGUCGUGCGUUCCUUCCCUUCCUUCCCUUCCGACCCAAUACCUUCCAACCCAACCCAAACCAAGCUCGGCGGCCUGUUAGAGGGUAAACCAUAUAUAAAGACAUUAGGAGUAAUAGUUGAGCUUUCGUCGUUCUUUCUUUCUCCCCCUCCCCCCCCCCUUUUCCUUCAUUUCCGUGCACGAAUUACAAAUGUUACAUUUAGGAUUCCCUGGGCGCCUGCAUUAUCCCCCCGUCUAGACCGAUGAACGCCUGCCCC